AUAAACAGCCCCUCCUUCCUUAAAGCCAGUUGUCAACAUUUUCCCAUUUAACGUCAAAGAAACAGAAGCUAUUGGCUGUGUUAGUUGCUAGCAAUAAGAAGAAGAAGAAGGCUUAGAAAUUAAUUAAACAUGUCAAAAGCAGCAAAGAAUAUGACAGUUCCAGUGAAGAUAGUUGUAAUCAACACACAAUAUAUAGAGACGGAUGCCAGCAGCUUCAAGUCAGUAGUUCAGAGACUAACCGGCAAGAAUUCCACUGUAGAGAUGGAGGUAGCCGCCGCUCCACCGCCAACCGCGGCAGCUAAUUACUACCGCCACGGCUACACUAAUUGGGAUGAUCAAAGUAGUAGAGCAUUAAUUUCUGAGACCGAGUCCAUUGCGCGCAAACCAAGUCCAAGUUUAGGGCGGGGGAUGUCAUUCAACGAUUUUGACAAUAUUUUUAAAGAGUUGCCUCCUGUGGACGACCUUCUUCGCCUUUAUGCAGAUGAAUAUCGUUCUAAUUAUUAGCCCACGCAUGACUUGUUCCUACAUGCUACUGCUUCUUUAUUCUCAUUUGUUGUACUAAAACAUUUCUUCUACCAUUAUUUAA